AUGGAAUGGAGAUAUCGGAAUGGAGCCAGGGGCAACGGAAGACGCAAGCAAGCCUCGGUCAAACCCUCAACAGACGAAACAAGUGAUGAUGAAGCAAAUGGGAGUGCGACCGAGGCUUCGGACGCAGUGAUUGCCAUGGAAGUAGCACGAACAAGUGCGCUCGACUUCGUGGUUGAGUAUGGAGUUGAUGAUGAAAUGGGUAUGCAAGCUGUCGACACCGGAUACCCGCAGCAGACCGGGUGUACAGUUGUCAAAAUUGGGCUGUCAUGCGAAAACAUACCCGCAACGGAGCUAGCGGAGACAAGACGAAGCCCGGCUGCCGCAGCUACGAACCAAGCCUCGUCUGAGGCAGCCACAGCGGUCGAGGACAGAGAAGAAGAUCUGGGAACCGCGACCGAGUAUUGA